GAGUCUUAUUGACUGAUGUCCCAGAUCAUCGGAUAACAUUCGACAACUGACAAUACAAACUUCAUCAUGCAGUCUUCGGCUUUGAUGUUAUGCAUUGCCAUAGCCAUAGCAGUAGCUUUCUCAGCAAGUUUCUGCGAAGCGGUGACAAUUGAGCAGCUUCCCGAUUACUGUGAUGAAUACAGCCCCCCGCGUUGCUUCAAGAUUCUGUGGCCAGUGUGUGCCAGCAACGGCAAGACUUACGACAACCUGUGCUUGAUGUGCGCAGCCAUCUUGAGGGGCAACGUGCCGACUGAUGCAACCUACCAGCAAUGGCUCUGUCCCGGUCACCGUGGGCCACAUCACUAAGGAUGGCUGAAUUAAACUCGACCAAACACAUUGGUGCAGUAAUAAGCAGCUGCAUUCUGGGCAGUAGCCUACAAUAAUUUGUUGUGUCCUUUAAACUUUCAAUAAAAGUCUAUUUCUCCGUGAAAAGAAUCUUUAGGAGAUGUUUCACGGACAGUUAC